GACCCUGCCCGCGCCCCUUACACAGCAUCACGGGUUCCAGGAGUGAUCAUGGGGAGAUGAGGAAGAGCAACUAACCGCGGCUAACAUGGCGAACAUCACCAAGAAAGUGUCCUGGUCCAGCCGGGCUGAUGAGUCCGGGGCCGCUGCGGAGAGGACGCCGCUGCUGAACGGCUCCGAACCGGCCCGAGUGUCCAGACAGCUGUCUGCAGGAGGCAGCUUAUUUCACAUAGGCAGACUCAGCACGGUGGAUUUGGAAGAGGAGAUGACGCCGGACGAGGACUCGCUGCGAGGACGACCUAAAGAGAUCCCACACAACGAGAAGCUGCUGUCUCUUAAAUAUGAGAGUCUGGACUACGACAACAGUGAGAACCAGCUGUUUCUGGAGGAGGAGAGGAGGAUGAGCUACAUGGGUUUCCGGUGUCUGGAGAUCAGUCGCUGGGUGAUCUGCGGCCUCAUCGGCUUCUUCACCGGCCUCAUCGCCUGCUUCAUCGACAUCGCGGUGGAGGAGCUGGCUGGCCUCAAAUACCAAGUGGUCAAAGAGAACAUAGAGAAGUUCACGGAGGUGGGCGGCCUGUCCAUCUCGCUCAUCCUCUGGGCCGUGUUCAACGCGGCCAUCGUGAUGCUGGGAUCCAUCAUCGUCGCGUUCUGGGAGCCCAUCGCAGCAGGAAGUGGGAUUCCUCAGAUCAAAUGUUACCUGAACGGAGUCAAGAUUCCCAGAGUUGUCCGACUCAAGACUCUGCUGGUGAAAGUGGGCGGCGUGAUCUGCUCGGUGGUCGGGGGUCUGGCUGUGGGGAAGGAAGGCCCCAUGAUUCACUCCGGGGCUGUGAUCGCUGCAGGAGUGUCUCAGGGCCGGAGCACGUCUCUAAAGAGAGACUUUAAGAUCUUUGAAUACUUCCGCAGAGACACAGAGAAACGCGACUUUGUUUCUGCCGGAGCUGCUGCCGGAGUUUCUGCAGCUUUCGGAGCUCCAGUCGGUGGCGUCCUGUUCUCUCUGGAGGAGGGAGCUUCUUUCUGGAACCAGAUGUUGACCUGGAGGAUCUUCUUCGCCUCCAUGUUCUCCACCUUCACCCUGAACUUCUUCCUCAGCAUCUACCACAAUAAACCCGGGGACCUGUCCAACCCCGGCCUCAUCAACUUCGGACGCUUCGAGAGCGACAGUAUGGCCUAUAACCUCUACGAGAUCCCGCUGUUCAUCGCUAUGGGAGCGUUAGGAGGUUUUCUGGGAGCUUGCUUCAACGUCCUGAACUACUGGCUGACCAUCUUCAGGAUCAGGUAUGUCCACCGGCCGUGUCUCCAGGUGAUGGAGGCCAUGUUGGUGGCGGCCGUCACCGCCACCGUGUCCUUCACCAUGAUCUACUUCUCCACCGACUGCCAGCCGCUGGGUCCGGACCACAACGAGGAGUAUCCGCUGCAGCUGUUCUGUGCAGACGGGGAGUAUAACUCCAUGGCCACGGCCUUCUUCAACACUCCGGAGAGAAGCGUCCGCAGCCUCUUCCACAACCCUCCAGGGACCUACAACCCUCUGACUCUGGGCCUGUUCACGCUGACCUACUUCUUCCUGGCGUGUUGGACGUACGGUCUGGCCGUGUCGGCCGGCGUCUUCAUCCCGUCGCUGCUGAUCGGAGCUGCCUGGGGGAGGCUGUGCGGGAUCCUGCUCGCCUCCAUCUCUGCCUCCGACUCGAUCUGGGCCGUCCCGGGUAAAUAUGCUUUGAUCGGAGCUGCAGCUCAGCUGGGCGGCAUCGUGAGGAUGACUCUGAGUUUGACCGUCAUCAUGGUGGAAGCUACAGGGAACGUGACGUAUGGACUUCCCAUCAUGCUCGUCCUCAUGACGGCAAAGAUCGUAGGAGAUUACUUCGAAGAGGGUUUAUACGACAUCCACAUCAAGCUGCAGAGCGUCCCCUUCCUGCACUGGGAGGCUCCCGCCACCUCCCAUUGGCUGACGGCCAGGGAGGUGAUGAGUUCCCCAGUCACCUGCUUCAACAGAAUAGAGAAGGUGGGAACCAUCGUGGACGUCCUGAGCAACACGUCGACCAAUCACAACGGCUUCCCCGUCGUCGUGCACGUUUCCGACAACGAUGAGCCGGCGAAGCUCUGCGGCCUGAUCCUCCGCUCACAGCUCAUCGUCCUGCUCAAACACAAGGUGUUUGUGGAGCUGGCCCGGUCCAGACUGACCCAGAGGAAGCUCCAGCUGAAGGACUUCAGGGACGCCUACCCCCGCUUCCCCCCGAUCCAGAGCAUCCACGUGUCCCAGGACGAGCGGGAGUGUAUGAUGGACCUGACGGAGUUCAUGAACCCGACGCCUUACACCGUUCCCAUGGAAACGUCUUUGCCUCGCGUCUUCAAGCUGUUCAGAGCUCUGGGACUCAGACACCUGGUGGUGGUGGACGACUCCAACAGGGUGGUCGGGCUGGUCACCAGGAAGGACCUGGCCAGGUAUCACCUGGGGAAACAUGGUCUGGAGGAGCUGCAGUUGGCUCAAACAUAAACGUGACCUCAGACGGGCGCUGCCUUCUAUGCAGGACUCCAUCAGUGAAGUCUUUCACUUUUACCCUUAUUUCUCUCCAGUCUUCUGUUGCUGGGGCUUCAGACGGUACUUUAUCGGUCUCAUUGUUCUGUGUUCGUUUUAAAAUGAAGGAGCUGGAGGAAACGUUUUUAAAGAUGUCGUGUUCGUUGUCACUCGUUGGGAAGAUGUCGGCGUAGCUUUGCACUGAAAAGUCAAAGGCUGUUAUUUAUUGUUUUAAUUUAAAGACGGGGGAAGUUUGGCUUCAGUGCUUCAGCGCUCUGCUUCUGUCUAACUUAUCUUUGUCCACAGACUUUUGAGAUGUUUGCACUUUGAGCCGUUAGAGAAGAAGCUCUGUAUGAAUGUAAACUUUAUAAAUGAUCACGUUGUGUUUGAUGAUCUCUCCUGAUUAACCCUUUGUCUUAACAUUUCUAAUGAGCAGUGUUAGUCGUCUGUUGUACAGGUCUGGAAAAUGUAAAAAUGCCUAUUUUAUAACCACUGUCUGAAUCUUUUGUGAAUUAAUAAAGUUUAUCUAUUGUUA